CAAUAUUUUCUUUGUCUAAGGCUCCGUUGAAUCUAGUGCUCUCCUUCGUUAUCGUGUAUUAGGGUUUCUUCGAGUCUUCAUUUCAAUCAAGGAUUUGGGCAAGUUCAAGGUUACAGGAUUCGUUGAUUCAGAAGCUAUGGAUCUGGAAGUGGUAGGGCGCCACGCUCUUUUCUUCGAUGACGAUGCCAUGGCGGCUUUUGUCAACUCCGCCGAUGCGCUUGUUGAAUGGAACUCUCUCAAAAUUGACCGCUACGACGUACGCCACCUUCUCUCCGCCCCUCCUCCGCAACCAAGGCGGUCAAUUCCUUCUUUAUCUCAUGCUAUUGAUUCCUCACUUAAAUCAGAGCUUGAUCUGGAACGUUAUCUCGAUCUCCCACCGCCUUCCGAUGAACCAGAAGAAGAAGGAGAGGAUGCAAAUGCAGUUAAUACUAGUGGAUACCAUGCCAUUCCCUUCUCUUAUGGAAAUUCUAAUGAUUGUGCUGAACAAGCGGGUUCUGCUGCGGGGUUUGAGAACUCUGGAUUUCGUCCUCCCUUCAGUGUGCCUGAAAACCUUCUUCAAUGCUUGCCACCAUCUGAGAAGGAUCAUCAAAUAAUUGCAAAGACUGCUCAAUUUGUUAGCAGACAUGGCGGGCAGUCAGAAAUCGUUCUGAGGGUGAAACAGGGAGAUAACCCAACAUUUGGCUUCUUGAUGCCUGAUCAUUACGUACAUCCGUACUAUAGGUUUCUUGUUGAUCACCAAGAACUGCUGAAGUCUGAUGGGAAACCACAAAAUGAAGAAAGAAAGGACGUUAAUGAGCCAGAUGGUGCAUUAUCCUUGCUUGGUUCUGUUUAUGGGUCUGGAGAGGAUGAGGAUGCUCCUAACAACAUGGCUUCUAAUGAAGCUGUUGAUGCGCUUUCUUAUACUGCACAAGAGAAGGGUGAAUCUAGUGCAAAUGUGCCUAGACAAGAUGAGAUCAUUUCCAAGUAUCCACCUCCUUCUGGUAGUGGUUUAGAUAAAGAAAAGAGUCAUCUACUGAAAAAGAAUCCUUUGAUCAGUGGAUCCAAGAAUGGAAGCACAAGCCGCAAAAAACUGAAAGAUGAUUCUAUUUCUGCUUCUGUUUCUGCAGCAUUAGAGAAGAUUAAGGCAUCUGGUCUCGGAACAUUUAAGAUUGAACCUGUAGUUCUAGAGCCUCCAUCUGAUUUGAAGAAUUUGAUUGGCAAGAUUGUUGAGUUUAUUGUGAAGAAUGGAAAGCAGUUUGAGGCAACACUUAUAGAACAGGAUAGUAAGCAUGGCAGGUUUCCUUUUCUUCUCCCAUCCAACAUGUAUCAUCCUUACUAUUUGAAAGUUCUCCAUGGUGCUCAAGAGUCAAAAGUUAGUGGCAAGAGCCUCCAUUCUGGGAUUGAUGAUUCAAUUGGGCAAGGACUGGAAAAGAGAGCAUCGCUGUCCAAGGAAGGUGGUACCCUGCCCUUUGGAUCUGGUGAGGGUGAUGUGCCUUACGAAUUAGAUAAGAAAGAGAAAUUUAAGAUGGUGAUUGGAAAAUCAAAGAAGGAAUCACAGGAACCAUUGGACAAAGGGCAGCUGCAAGAGCAUGGAUUCAGUGUAGAUGCUGCUGCUGCCGCCGCCAUUCUUCAAGCAGCUGCUAGGGGCAUUAAGAAUCCUAAUAUAGGAAUUCUCUCAAAAGCGGCUGUAAAUGCUAAUAGCCAGGGCAAUACCACUGAUGGCAGCCUAGGUACUAUCACUUCAUCUGGACACGACAAUAUGACUGCAGGGUCAAGGGCUAUUGCUAAAUCCAAUGCUGAAGCUGAUUCUUCUGAAACACAGUUGAGUAAAGAACAGAAGCUGAAAGCAGAGAGGCUGAAGAAGGCAAAGAUGUUUGUGGCCAUGUUGAAAAAUGGAGCUGCUCCACGUGGAGUAUCCAUGGAACCACCGGAAUCUGGGCUAUCAGGUUCCGGCACUGAGUUGAAUCAUCAUGGUGAACAAAGAGAAGGCAGUUCAGCUCCAUUAGAUGGUGAUGUGUCGGACCAAGGUGGAAGGCUGAAACCUGGAGAUGAAUAUAAUGAGAGGAGAUCAAUGAGGAAAUACAGAUCGAGAUCUGGGAGACAUGAAGUGGAUGAAGAUGGUGAAGGCGAAAGGAAACAGCAAUCUACCAGGAAAGAACAUUACUCUUCAAUGAAAAAUGGAGGAGAAGAAAGUGAAGAUGCUAAGGAUCACAAGCGUUCAAAGAGGAAGCAUCAUCGGUCACACUACUCGGAUGAAGAUGAAGCAUCUGACAAAUGUGAAGAGGAAAGGGGUCAUAGACAUUCUAGGAAAAAGCAUCAUCGAUCACACCACUCAGAUGAGGAUGAAGCAUCUGACAAGUAUGAAGAGGAAAGGGGUCAUAGACAUUCUAGGAAGAAGCAUCAUCGGUCACAUGACUCAGAUGAAGAUGAACAUGAAGCAUCUGACAAGUAUGAAGAGGAAAGGGGUCAUAGACAUUCUAGGAAGAAGCACCGGUCUCAUCGCACUUCCAAUAAAUAUGAUGAUGAUGAGGAAAGAGAUGAGGAAAAUCGUAGGCACUCCAGAAAGAAGCAUAAAUCUCAUCGGUCUCAUCACUCCACACAUAACAAAAACAAACACAAGCGACUAAAAGAAGCUUCUGAUGAUGAGCAACAUCGGCACAAGUCCAACAAACAUAGUAAGGGUACUGCCAAAAGAGAAGAUCUAGAGGAAGGGGAGAUCAGCGGCAAAGUGUCAGAUCAAUCCAAAGGAAGUUUGGGUGGUACAAUCAGUAGAGAAGCUUCUCAAGAUAUUUCUAGUCCACGGCAAAGAGCCCCAUCUGAGCCCUCCGAUGAUCUCAGGGCUAAGAUACGAGCAAUGCUGAUGGAAACUAGAAGGUAGCUCCAGAUCAUUACCUCAUUACCUUUAGAGAUUAAGUGUAAACUGGAAGGUUUUUCUACCGAAAACGGUUUUUAUUUUACUCAAACUAAUCUUGAUCAUUUGAUCCAAUUGAUAGUUUAUCUUCUUUUACCCUUGCGGGUUAACUAACAUUCAUGGAUGGAUACAUGAUUAGUUACUGGAAAAUAUUGUUCUGC